ACGAUCUUGCUCCUGAUGAUCAUCUCCUGAUGCUUGCGCUCGAAGUUCUGUAGGUGCUGUUGCUUCACCCUGGACACCACUGAAAGAUCAUGCCAGCAUACGAAAUGACUAUGAUUUUACGUAAAAUGGCGAAACCGGAGCUCACCAGUGCGCUCAAACGCAUGGGUGAAUAUGUACUGAAAAACGGAGCGAUCCUUCGCUACAUCCAAAACCUAGGCACGAAGGAACUUCCUCUCAAGAUGAGCAGACAUGGUCGGACGAAUUGGCACGGAAGCUACUUUCUUUUUCGGUUUGAUGCAUCACCGGAGCUUACAGUGGCAUUGCGUGGAGAGAUCAAACGAGACGUGGACAUUAUUCGUGCCACCUUCAUCACGCUUUCACCGCCAAAGACUAUCCAGUGCACACUCGAAGAAGAGAUGCAGCCGCCUGCCUACCGACCCAGCGUGCAGGCACUCAUGGCACAGAGCCAGGUGAAGAAGAAACAGAUCUUCGAAAAACACACAGAUGGUCCAGUCUGAGCAGAAAGUGGCUGUCGCACUUUUCUGCCUUUAGCAUUGUGCAUACUUCUUGUACAGUUAUAGUUUUACUGCGAGUACUCAGCUUUUUUGUGCCUCACUACGAAUAAAGCCUUGAAGGAAUUCAACAUUAGCG